UUUAGCAGUAAAGAUUACUGAAACUAUGGAUUUAAAGUAUUAUCAUAUAAAUACAAAAUUCAUAGUGUUACUGUUAACAGUAUCUUUGUUCAUUCUCAUUGGAUAUUUGAGAGUUCAUCUGAAUCACUCAAACCUGAAGGAUGGAUACUACAAAGAGACAAUUGAUAUAUUAGUACAUCAUCCAAAGAUGAACAUUCCCAAAAAACACAAAAAGUUCACGGACCAAGGUUAUCUGGAUUGUUUGACCCAUGGGCAAUGGUAUAAAUCCGAGCAAAGAGGGAAGUAUCUAGAAAGGAUGAAAUGGAUACCAAAUAAGGAUGAACUGACGCUACCCAGCGGAGAAUGUGGGAACAAAGAGACAGUGUACCAAACAUUUACAUCACCAACGAGAAGAGCUUUAUGUCACCCUAGCUCAGAUAAAGCAUGUUGCUAUAACAACCACUGUAUCACAAAAUCAGUAGAAGACUGUAAGUGCCAAGGGUGCCUUGACUUGAGAUCAAGACUCCAUGCAGAAGAACACAUUUGGAGACCAGAUGACACAAACAACUGCCAAAUAAGAGAGUAUGAAUCAGAACCAGCAGUUUGUGAUAUGUUAGAGCAGAAGAAAGUGAAGAAUCUCAUCUUUGUGGGGAAUUCCUUGAUUAGACACAUGUGGACUGGAUUGCUAAUAUUGCUAAAUGGAAACCUAGAGAGUGGUGCACUCCUCAAAAGUGCCUCAUCUGAAGAUAAAGUGAAGUGUGCAUUCCACAUGCAGUUUGACCUAAAAUUCUGCAGGGAUCUUUUAAUAAGAGACACCACAAUUUGUAACGGAAAAGUAAAGAUGGCUUAUCAACAACGGGAUCGACUCUCUGAGAUCAGAGCAUCUGAAAAGUACAUAAAAUCUGCCAAAGAUUUUUUAUUCAUCUUCACAAUAGGAUUACAUGAUCACCUUAACUUUGCACAAACAAAGGAAACGCUUGAUCAAUACUUUGCUGCAUUAAACUUCAAUAAAGAUCGAGUAAUUAAAAAUGGAUCAAGGAUCAUAUGGAUGACGCCACACUUUCCUGGACUCAUGCUUCUUCCUAAAUAUCUAGACAAUUAUCAAAGCCCAGCUGAUAUCAAGAAGUAUUCAGAGAACAUGACAGAUUACUUGUCAGAAUAUAAGAUUCCUGUUAUGAGCACAUUGCAAAUGACAAACCACACAUUUAGUUGGGAUGGGGUACAUUUUGGGUAUGGCUUAAACUCUCAAUUAGCUCACAUAUUCCUGAAUUAUAUUCAUCGAUAUGCAUGACAUUUAGGUCUUAUAUCAAAGCAAAGUAUCUUUGAAGAUGUUUAGAAACACCAUAGUUACCAUAAUAAAAGAAAUUUAAUGUAUUUUGACAUUACUAAAGAACCACCUGCAUCAGGUUGAUUAAGGUUAAACAAUUUACUUAUAGCUACUAAUUACUCCACAUGAUAAUAAGCGUGUCCUUUAUUCCAAUACAUAUGACAUUUUCAUAUUAAAACAAUUAAGGAACAAGGCAUUACAGUAACAUGCAAAAUAUAACCACCUG